AUGGCAUCAACUGAAUUAUUUGAUAUUUUAAAACCUCCAGAUUAUGAUGAAAAUCCUGAAAGAUAUAAAAAGCUAAGUAUAGUUGUUGUAUCUGAUACUCAUAAUAAUCAUGAUAGAUUAUCAAUACCUAAUGGAGAUAUAUUUUUACAUUGUGGAGAUUUUACAAAUCGACAUGAUUGGCAAAAUUUAUCAACAGAUGAAAUUCCACAAUCCAUUAUUGAUUUUAAUCAAUGGUUAGAAAAUUUACCACAUCGUUAUAAAUUAGCUAUUUGUGGAAAUCAUGAUAUUAAUUUUAGUACAUAUUCUUCGAAUGAUAUUCAAACAAAAAUUUUAACAAAUUGUAAAUAUUUAAAAAAUGAAUUAAUUGAAAUUGAAGGAAUAUCAAUUUAUGGUUGUCCAUGGUCUUUCAGUGAACCUAAUGAAACAAAAUGCUCGCUAAUUCCUUCCAAAAUUGAUAUAUUAAUGACACAUAUUCCACCACAAUUUAUUUUAGAUUUAACUUAUCAACCGAAUAUAUCUCCAUCAAUAGAACCUUGUUCAAAGUGUAAUAAUACAGUUCAUGGUUCUUAUGGACAUAAUGGUUCGAAAAGUUUACUUAAAAAAAUUCGAAAAAAUAUUCAACCGAAAAUUCAUUGUUUUGGUCAUAUUCAUGAAGCUUCAGGUUACAAAUAUGAAUUUAAUACACUUUUUAUUAAUGCAGCAGUUGAAUUAACUAAUCAACCUAUUAAAUUCAAUUUUUACGUUGAUUUACAUAAACAUUAA